GUCUGUUUUCGACACUUAAUUUCUUUAUAUAUUGUAUGUAACAUUAAUGUGAUAUCAAACUCUGUUUAAUAAUGGAUUGUUUUAUUGAAAUUAACAGAUGAAUUGAACCAUUCAAGAUGUCGUCGCAUUUGAAUUGGAUGAUUAUUCGUAAUAACAAUGCCUUCCUUCUUAAGAAGCGCAACAUCAAUAAACCAUUCUCCACGGAGGCAAAUAACUUGACCAACCUCAGCAGCUAUCGCUAUUCUGGUCUAAUUCACAAGAAGAGUGUUGGUGUUGUUGACACUCCCGACAAAAAGGGAUUUACAGUUGUUUAUAAGAAAGUCAGAGCAGUUAACAAGCCUGCAAAAUCUACUGUUAAGUGUACAAUGAAAGCUGGAGCUCGCCGUUCUCUGUACAAACUGAAGAGGUUACUUACAAAGAACAAGUAUAGAGUGGACUUGACUAAGGUUGCAUUACGCCGUGCUAGUGCUGUAUUGAGAUCCCAAAAGCCUUUACCUGCUAAGAAGACCCGUACAACUAAAAAGGCUGAUUAAUUUGUAUACAUUAAUAAAUACACAUUUUAAUGUAA